AUGAAACCGUGGUGGGAUAUGGAUAAUUUCACUUUCUGCCGCAUGGCCGGAGGAGAGGAUCUGCAUCUUGAGACCGCCAUUCGGGAUCCAACCCUGCUCGAUCGAGUCACGGCGCGAGCCUCCGAGUCGAGGUCUACAGCGAGCGCUUGA